CUAGACUACACUUCACAACUACCAGAACAUUUAAUCUUACCAUCACCACCUCAGAGUCUUGUCUACCACUGUUGUGCACUUUCAUUGAUGUGGUCUGUCUUAAGACUCCAUCCUACUCUAUCCUACUACAACAAAUCUUUCACAGUCUUGAUACUGGUGGUCAUCCAUCUGUGAAUGAAUUGGAGGGCAUAUCUUCAAUCCUUUGAAGCCUCUGUCUCUGCCUCUGCAGACAGGAUGGUCAAACCAACUGCUCCUGGCGUCUAUUCAGCGACGUACAGUAAUGUAUGUCAUCCAACCCAGCAUCAAAGACCACCUUGAGCCAAAGUUCUUGCGACUAACAAUUUCAAGAUUCCCGUUUACGAAUACCAGUUUGGAGAAGCUCUCAAGGAGCAUGGUACGUAACAACCUCUGCAUACCCCAGAAACUUGAUUUGUUGCAUACAAAAUCUAAUAACUUGUAGUUAUGCGCCGUCGCCACGACGAUUGGAUUAAUGCAACACACAUUCUGAAGGCCGCUGGGUUUGACAAACCGGCCCGAACACGAAUUCUUGAGCGAGAGGUACAAAAGGAAAACCACGAAAAGGUUCAGGGAGGCUAUGGAAAAUACCAAGGUUCGCAAUACUUGAGCGCAGUAGAAGGAAGGGGGCUAACGAUGUAAAGGAACCUGGGUUUCACUAGAGCAGGGUCAGGCUUUGGCGCAACGAAAUAAUGUCUAUGAAAAGCUUCGACCGAUCUUCGAAUUUAUACCUGGCAAUGUCAGUCCACCACCUGCGCCGAAGCACACAACAAAUAAACCAAAGGCGCCCAAGAAGCCAGCGGUUCCGAAAUGGGGAAGCAGUUAGUUGAUCAUAAUCCAGGCAAUAAGGAAUUGGAGCUAACAGAACAGAACCAGUGGCACCGCCUGCUCGGGUAAUUGAAAAGGAGUAUGAGAAUAUCAGUCAGCAACUCAACGAUGAUGAAAGUAUGGCGGACGACGUUACCGUGGCCUCGGCUUUAUUCAUGGCGGACGAUGAUCGAUACGACGUUUCCCAAGCCUCGACUGGCCAUCGCAAACGCAAGCGUGACGACAACGCCCAAUACCAAGCUCAACAAAACUAUGCAGAUGAACUGUUGGAUUACUUUAUGACCGCAAGCUGCGACACUCCUGCGAUGAGACCUGAACCGCCAUUGAACUUUCAACCUGACCACGCUAUCGAUCAAGAUGACCAUACAGCAAUACACUGGGCAGCUGCUAUGGGAGAUGUUGAGGUCAUCAGACAAUUGAAGAAGUUCGGUGGAAACUUAUUCGCGCAGAAUAAGAGAGGAGAGACACCUUUGAUGCGAGCAGUCAUGUUCACUAAUUGCAAGGAUAAACAAACCAUGCCACAAGUCGUCAAGGAGCUCAUCUCUACAAUCGAAGCUGUGGACUAUUGCCAAUCCAACAUCCUCCACCAUGCUGCUUCUACAACGCAAGUCACGAAACAAAAAACAGCUCGAUAUUACCUGGAUGUCAUUUUGAAUAAGAUGCAAGAGCUUUUCGAGCCAAGUCACGUUCAGCGUAUUCUUGAUGCACAGGAUAACAAUGGAAACACUCCUAUUCAUAUUGCUGCCCAGCACUGCGCUCGGAAAUCAAUCAGAGCAUUGAUGGGACGGGGUGCUCGGACAGACAUUCCAAAUAAGGACGGGGUGACUGCGGAGACACUGAUUCAAGAAGUCAACCAUAAAACCAUGCGCGAACGUCAUCAAGGAUCAUCGUCUCCCUAUGCUCCUCAGGAUUCGUAUGGCCUUCUUGGACCUGAACAUGUAGACAACAACUGGGCUGCUGGACACAAUUCUCCUCCACGUCACGUGCGACGAUCGACUGCACCAGCACAUUACUCCGAGGCUGCUAUGUCUGUGGAGAAGAAACUCCUUCCACUCAUGCAAGAAAAGUUAGGAGUUCUGGCAGAGUCAUUUGACGAAGAGUUGAGAGAGAAAGACACUUCUGAGCAAGAGGCGAACCGCAUUGUAGCAACCGUUCAAAAAGAGCUUAGUGAGAUCCGAGGUCGCAUUCUAGAGGUCACUGCUUCUGCAGAUGAUGCAGACACCAAGGCCGAGCUGCAACGAAAUCUAGGCCAUAUCGAGCAAGAAACUGUGUCCUUGAUCGAGCAGCAACAGUACUUGCAAUUGUUGAACAACGCACAGCACGAGGAGAGCAAAACCAACGGUCAUGCUCAUAACGGAGAUGAUGAUCCUGCUGAGAAAGUCAUGCUCGCGAAGCUUCUUCUUGAGGAGCAGGAUAGAAGACAUACUUUGGUAACCCGAUACCGCGAAGCUCUUGGAGCUGCCGGUGAUGUUGGCGAGAUGGGUGAACUCUAUCGCCAAGUCAUCGCUGAUUGUGUUGGUGUCAAUCAAGAUGAGAUCGAUAAUGAGAUUGACGUACUUCUCGAGACUAUGCAAGAGGAGGAUCGCGACAAUCGAAUUGCGAAUCCGCUUGAUUAG